UUAUUAGCCUAUGAUUGGCGAAGCGCAAAGUUUGAAUGUAUGUUGGUGAAGAUUAGAAUCGGAAAACUGAAAGGUAUUGGGCGCGGGAUAAAGUUAGAAGUUCUUCCAAAUGGCAUAAUUAAACGGCAAUUUAAGUGGAGAAAGGAGGAAUAAACAGCGUUAGGAAAACUUUGGAAGAUGACUGCUGGAGUAUUUUCCCCUUACCAGGGUAUCCUCUCUGAUGAUGAUGAGAUGGCUGCAGUCUUAGAGUCAACGGCAGCAGAUUUUGGACAUGGAAUUCGCAAAGCCCUUUUGACUGACUUUUCUGUCAUCUCUCCAGGAGCAGAAGGUGUCCAGCAGGUUGUGGAACAGAAUCAAACUGUACUGGAUGAUGGGAGUGAGAAAGUAAAGGUCUACCUUCGAGUAAGGCCGUUUGGGGAGACGGAGCUAUCAAAAGGAGAAGACCAGGGUUGUGUCAAGAUAGAAACUGCUGAUACUCUAAUUUUGAAAGCACCCAAGGACUCCUUUACAAUGAAAAACAUGGAGCGAGGGAUUGGACACGCUACACAUAAGUUCUCAUUUUCACAGAUAUUUGGACCAGAUACUACUCAGAAAGAAUUUUUCAGUGCAACAAUGAAAGAAAUAGUGAAGGAUGUUUUAGAGGGCCAUAAUCGACUGCUUUACACUUAUGGAGUUACAAACUCUGGGAAGACUUACACAAUCCAAGGAACUAUUCGAGAUGGUGGGAUUUUGCCCCGAUCACUGGCUGUCAUUUUUAAUAGCAUUCGUGGGAAGCUAUAUGACAAGAAUGAUUUUAAACCCUCGUCUUGCAAUGAAUUGGUUUGGCUUGACAGCAAACAGAUCCGCUUGGAGGAAGCUAAGAAAACAGCUUUGCUUACUGGUUUACGUGAGGAAGAUUUUCAAACUCCGUUGAAGAGAAUUGGCAGUGGGAAUGUGAAUGGUAAUGGAGACACCAGUUGUAGUUUUGACAGUGGAUUUGCUGGGCUUUCUUCUUGUAGUCAGUUGGAAGGUAUGUAUGGAAAGUGCUUGUACCAUUGA